AUGAGACCGAGCAAGAUUAGGGGUCUACAGUGGGUGUUGAGGAAGAUGGAUUAUAGUUUCAACCUCCAUGCUAACACUGUGAUGCAUAAUGUGGUUAUAAGGCUGUGUUGCAAGAAAGGUGACAUUGGAACGGUUGAGAAGUUGACCAGGGAGAUGAGUUUGAAUGGUCUUUAUCCUAAUCUUAUUACAUACAUGGCAAUAAUCGAGGGAUUCUAUAAUGCGGGUCGAUCAGAGGAUGCUUACUUUGUGCUUAAGGUUAUAGAGCUGGAAGAAGCAAAGAAUCUCUUCAAGGAAAUACUUUCUAGUGAUGUCAGACCAAAUACUUUGGCAUCUAGCCUUUUGCUAAAGGAGCUUUGUAUGAAGGACCGGGUAUUGGAUAGGUUCUACUUGCUUGAAGCAAUUGAGAUUAAGGGAUGUUUGUCUUCCAUUGACUCUGAUAUUUAUUCUAUUAUUUUAAUUGGGCUUUGUCAAAGGAGCCACCUGACGGAGGCCACAAAGUAG